CUAUUAUAUGCGUUUAACAGAGCCUUCAAGGGAAGCUGUCUAAUUCCUAAAAAUAAUAUUGAUUUGAUAAAUCUUCAGCAGGAUGUGCUUUUGUCCCACAAUUGCUCUCAAAGUUGGACUUUUGUUUAUGAUACCCAUAACCGCAGGCAUUAAUGGCGCACAAAUAGCAAAAGAUGUUUCCAUAUGGAAUGCAUUAGAGGGACACCAUUAUGUAAUGAUCGUUAUUAGCCUAUCAGUGUCCGCAUUUGUACUGUCGUCUUUAGUUGUUUUAAUAUAUGCGACGAUCUGUAAUAAAAUUCGAAUUCUAAAAGUGAUAAUGUUGAUUUUUGCAGGAAUCGUCCUGGUGAAACUGGGAAUUCUAUUCGUGUGCAUGAGUACGGAAAUGAAUCCGGGUAAGACGGCAGCUCAUCCCAUGUUUAUGGUAUGCUGGGUCAUUACGAUAGGUAUGAUGGAUGAUCAGGAAACACGAGGCAUUCAAAGAUUACUCUGCGGUACGAAAAUAGGCAUCUGCAAACUCAUCACCUUUAUAGUAUGGGUAGUCAAUUUCAUUUUCACCUGUGCGGAUGUUUAUAUAUAUUAUGACAUGCUGAAGGAAUACCUGGAUUGCUGGAAUUGUUUGUUCAGGUCCUACAUGAUUAUCGCUCUAGUCAUAAAUGUCCUUAUGGUUCCGCUGCUAAUCUUGGGCCUCUUCUUCAUAUAUCUGCAUUUUUCCAGGGAAAUACGCAUUUACGCAACAGUACUCUUCGUAGCAACUUGGUUGCAGAUGAUGCUGACAAUUCUAUUUGCACAGCAGUACCAAACUGUAGGAGAUGUACUGCAAAUAUGGAGAAAUCGCAAGAGUUUGGAGUUCUUCGAAAGCCGUUGCCAGUGCUGCGGUGUUUUGGGACCUGACGACUACAAGUUGGGCCUGCUGGUUAUCCCGCUCUCCUGUUACAAGGAUCUCAGUGGAAAUGAUGAGGAUCUCUAUCAAUCAGGCUGCUCCACGCACUCCAUAAAGCCCUCGUUCCCCAUCACCCAGGUGAUCUCCUUCCUAGUUCAGUAUGUAUUAGUCAUAUGUCUGAAAGUAUUCCACGUUAUCCUGAUAAGAAGCGGGACCCAACGCAGAAGCUUGUGGACUGAGCGACGCAGCGAAACGCUUGGUAGUUUAAAUCCCUGACUUGAGGUUCCAUUCUGAUUUCGAAAGCAAUCCUAAAGAGCCAAAGUUCAAAGAUCUUGAGGACUACUUUCCAACAUCGCAUGAAACUCAAGCAGCCGAUUUUCUUGUAGACUCGACGUUCGGAUGCGGUUUACAAUUCAUGAAAUUGAGUAUUGGCAUCCUGGGCGAGACAAAUUGGAUGCUGCUGGCUCUCGUCAUGUUUCACGGACUGCAAUCAAUAACGAUAAACACUUGAGUCGCAAAUCCAAUGUCCAGAAUCCUCUGUCCAACGACGGCAUGCAUAUGGAUGAGCCAAUAAAGAAAUCAACAAAGCAUGUCGGGCGAUUGAAAAAGUAUUGCAAAUACCCCGGACAGUCGGGGAUUUGGACACGGAAUUGGACUCCAAUCCGGACAAUAUGCAAAUGCAGCUAAGCAGAAAAUAUUCAAGGACAAUCCAGCCAGAACUCCCACCAUCAAACGCUCAAGUUUAGAUAUUCAUUUUAUGUCCCUCGUCCCUCGACCCGCGCAUAAAUUUUAUUGUUGUCAACAUUAAAUUCUAGUCGUGAAAAACAA